AUGGAAGAGAAGAGACUGGAGGACCUGCCGACGGAUGUGCUGUCUCGCAUCUUUGGGCUGCUCAGCGCGUCGCAGCUGGCCUGGGUGGAGCGAGUGAACCGCCGCUGCCGCGCCAUAGUCGUGCAGCGCGACCUGUGGCGUGCGCACUGUCUGCGCACCCUGCCCGCCGUGGCAGACGCCACCGCCGGCCUGCCCCCAGACACCUCCCGCGUGCCCCCGCACCGCGCGGCAGCCAGCGAGCCCGCCGCCGACGCCGCCGGCGCUGCCGCGGCGCGCAGCCCGCCGGGCGUGCACGGCGCCGGCCCGCUGCCGGCCGCCACGCCGGCGGCAGGGGAUGCGCGGCGCUCUGCUUUCUACAAGAAGCUGCACUACCGCCUCACUGCGCCCCAGGCCCGCGAGUCCCUGAUUGCAGCAGCCCUGGCCGCCAGCAGCACCGACAACCCUCAAGAAUGCAUCGCCAACGUGCUCAGCCCCGUCAGCAGGAGCCGCCACCAGGCCUGCUGCUACUGGAGCAGCGCGGGCAGCACGGACCCCGACAGCGCAGAGGCGCUCACCUUCCGUCUGGCCCACCCGCUGUGCGUGGUGACGGAGCUGCAGCUGCGCCCUUUCAAGGCCUUCUUCCAGGCGGGCGCGCCCAUCUAUGCCCCCAAGGGGGUUCGCUUCCGCCUGGGCGGCCUGCCCUGCUUCCUCCCCGACGGCCAGCCGCUGCCGCCGCUGCAGGCGGCCGUCGCCGCGCUCGCCGAGCUGCGCCCGGCGGCGCUGCUGGGAGCGGCGGCGGCUGGUGCGGCGGAAGGGGCAGCAGCGGGUGCGGCGGCAGGGGCUGCUGCUGCUGCGGGGGCGGGCCAGCGGGGGCGGGAAUGGGUGUGGGAGUCGCAUGUGUUUGAGGUGGAGGCGAUGGAUGCGCUACAGCGCUUCCCCAUCCCGCCCACGCUGUGCGUGGGCGGCUACCUGCGGGUGGAGCUGCUGGGCAAGCGGCAGCUGCAGGCGGCGGACCAGCGGUACUAUGCCUGCGUGUGCUACGUGCGGGCCCUUGGAACCCCCAUUUAUACUUUCCAGCUGCGUCAGGUGGCGCAAGGCCACCUUGUUGUGCCUAGGCCUGGGCCUCUGCCGAGCGAGCCUUCCGAAGAAGCCCAGCAGCAGCCGCAGCCGCAGCAGCAGCCGCAGCAGCCGCCGCAGCAGCAGCAGGGCGGCUGGCAGCUAGCCUACAGCCCACACGAUGCGCUGGUGGAGGCUGGCGGCCUGGCGGCGGUGUCGGAGGGCGGACGCCUGGCAGGCGGCGGCGGCGGCGGCGCGGAUGGCGGCAGCACCGGCAGCGACGACGAGGAUGGGGGGCUGGUGUGGGGCGAUAGCGAUGCGGACGACUUUCUUCCAGAAGAAGAGGACUUCUGGGAUGCCGACAGCCUGGAGGGGGACUCUGGGGAUGAUCAGGAGAUGGACAUCGAGAGCGAGGACUCUUCCUCCUCCUCGGAGGAGGGGGAAGAGGCGGGAGGCGAAGGGGCACCCCCGCCCCCGGCCGCGCCAGCCGACAGCGCUCCCGACGGCGCCGGCAGCGCCAGCAGCAGCAGCGGGUCGGAUGGCGGGGUGGAUGGCGGGGUGGAUGAGGAGGAGGAGUGGCUGCUGGGGGGCGAUGCGGGGGCCUACUGA